AUGCUUCCUAAUUCUGUGGUAGAUAUAUACAAUGACUUGAAGAAGGUGGCUUUUGGAUUCAAGUCGCCCGCAUUUCGAGCUUUUUUUACGACAAAAGCUGACGAAGACUUCAAUGGCAUCAAAUAUAUGAAAGAAAGUAAGGAAAAAGAUAGCGCAGUUAAGAAGUAUUUGGAGGAGCAAGGGGAGCUGAGAGAUGUUUUGAAGAGGCAGAGCAUCAUAUAUAAUAUGUUUUAUGAUGAUACAAGUAGAAUAUGA